AUGAAAACUGUUUUAUUCUUGUACUUUUUACUUAAUUGUGUUCAAUAUAUUUAUCCGUAUGUGUUCUCUUCGGUGGAAAAAUGCUCUUACACAGACUAUGAGUGCUUAAAAAGAUCCUUUCAAAAGGCUGUUCCAUUGUUUACUGAAGGGAUCCCCGAACUGGGAAUCGAGAGAAUGGAUGAGUUAGUCGUUCACGAUAAAACAUACAAAUUGGGUGGGUUGGAUUUAACCUUGAAAGAUGCACGAUUAAAGGGUCUCAAAACAACAGUUUUUGAUCACGUGAGCAUUGAUACCAACAAAAAAAUGCUCUUUACUAGCUACCACAUAGAAAAGUGUUCAAUGAAGGGGAAAUAUGAAGGGGUUGGAAACAUCAAGGUUCUGCCUUUAAGAGGCUCUGGAGAAAUUUUCCUUAAAUUCCGAAAUGUUGCCUUAUCCGUUAAUAGCACAUAUGUAAUGGAAAAUAGAAACAAUAAGGAAUACUUAAUCCCAAAAAGUUACAUGUUCGAGUACGAGGUGAAAGAUUUUGCUCAUUUCAAUAUGACUAAUUUAUUCUCGGGAAAUGAAAAAUUAAGUAACGCAGUAUUGACAUUUCUGAAUGAAAACUGGCGAGAUGUCUCAAAGGAGUUUGGAAAACCAAUUAUUGAAGGACAAACCAGACAAAUAUUUGAUAGUAUAGUAAAAUAUUUAUCAAAUUCACCUGUUACUGAAAUAUUUUUACUUUAA